ACAGCCCUCUUUAUGGUUUUACCUUGUGGAUUUUUCUCAGAUGACCUUGCAUCGCAUUUCUUCCACCUACGAGUCGACGUGGCUACCAUGUGCGAGUGCUUAAGCUGAAAAUUUGAGCAACUUUUGGCCUCGUACGCCAAAAACCACAUCAUGAAACAACUGGAAGUCGUCGCGAGGGAAGAGCUUGGAGAAACACCAGAACUAAAGAAAGAAUGCUUGGACAAGUUCCGGGAACUUCUGCAAGAAGAAAAUGAUCUGCGACUUCCGCCCGAUUACGUUCUUCUUACGUUCCUGCGAGCCCGAAAGUACAGAUUGGAUGACACUGUGACGACCCUCGAAAAUUAUUUCCGUGCUCGCAGCAACCUUCCUGACUACUUCGAGAACUUCUCGCCGUCGGCUAUUCCCUACCAGACUGUUAUACGGGAGCACAAGCUGUUCAUGAUCUCAAAAAACAGAGACUCUCAAGGAAGAGCUGUAGGACUGAUCAGAUUCGGAGCUUGGAACAGCAGUAUUUGUUCCCUGACUGAAUUGGUCAAGAGCGCCCUCGUGGCCCUGGAGUGCCUUCUUCUUGAGGACGAGACACAGAUACGAGGAAUUGUGUGCGUCGACGACCUUGCCGGAUUGGGGAUGCAGCAUAUUAUGGAGAUGACACCGAGAUUCCUUCGAUUGAUCGUCGCUCUUGCUCAGGACACUUUCCCAAUGCGACUUAAGGCCUUCUACAUAGUGAAUACUCCCGUUGUCUUUGAAAGAAUAUACACCUUUUUUGUGAAGCCAUUUUUGUCGAAGAAGCUUAGAGAACGGGCUUUGCUUGAAGGUACUGCCGUAAAGAACAGACAAAAGAACAAAAGAAAAACUAUGACUAGGUUACAACCAGGAGAAAUCCGGGAUGACGAACACGAGUGCUUGGAACAACUUCGUCGGCUACUUCAAGAGGACGGGCUACGUGUCCUGCCAGGCGAUGAAGCCCUCCUCAUGUUUCUACGCACCAAGAAAUACGACGUGAAAAAAGCCACGAAGACAAUCAAAAACUAUUUUCGGGUUCGCAAGGACAUGCCAGAGUAUUUUGACAACCUGACUCCCUCCAGCAUCCCGUACAAGACUGUGUGUCACGAUCACAAGCUCAUCAUGCACGCCAGAGAGAGGGACCCUCAAGGAAGAGCUGUGGGGAUCCUCAAGUUUGGUGCCUGGAGUACAGACAUUUGCUCCAUGAGCAACCUCAUGAGAUGUCUGCUACUGUCAGCCGAAUGCGGUCUUCUUGAAGUGGACGCACAGGUUCAUGGUGUGGUGGCUGUCAUAGACCUCCAAGGAUUCAGCGUCAACCACCUGAGGCAGCUGACGCCGUGGUUCCUCCGAAAAGUCAUGCUUAUUGCUCAGAACUCACUCCCAGCAAGAAUAAAAGCGAUCUAUGUGGUCAACACGCCAGCUGUCGCUGAAUACGCGGUGUCCCUUGUGCAGUUCUUUCUACCAGCGAAACUAAAGAGCAGGUUGCACUUCUUCGGCGGCGGCUUUUCGGAACUUCGCGGAGUUAUCCCUUCGGAACUGAUACCAAAGGACUUCAGCGGAACGCAAGAAGACUUCGACUUCCACGCACAAGAAGAUUUCUUCCUCGGGAAGGCCAGCCACUUUGACAGUUUGCGGCAGUGCAGUUAUUGAGGAAGUUAAAUGUGUGUUAGUUUGAAGGACGCAAAGACGUUUGUAUUAUAUGUAAAUAUUAAAUGUAUUUUUGUGCAA